UUGCUUUAUCAAAUAAAGUCACUUCUGAGCGGUUCUCGCCCUAAUGUUUGAAGACAAGCGAGCUGAGUGAACUCUUAGAUCGAAAAAUCGGAUUCGCUCCUUCUCGAAAGGGUGCCUUGGAUUUCGCGAAGGCAUUUCAUGUCCUGAAUCCUACGAUGUGGGUCCCGGAAGCUGCUGAAUCAUAUGUAUCCUGAAGCUGAUCAGGUUUUGUAACUGAGAUAUGAUCGAAGCGGAUGCUGCUCUGUGAUUCGACGGGAGUGAAAACUUGUCAUUAUAAGGCUACGAAGAAGCACGCCCGUUUUGACAGAAAUCUGAAGAUCAUUACACUUGAAAGGGCCCGGGGAGUCAUAAACAGAUGUUUGAUAGUUUACAACACACAAAGCAGAGGAUGUGCAGACCACGUACACGAGCGAGCCUUCCGAAGUGAUUGUGGAAAGCUCGGGUGACAAACUUGGCUUCUUACUCAGGCAAAACCUCUUGUGGAAGGAGGCUCAACAGGAACUGAAUAAUGCC